GAAAAAAAAAAAAAAAAAACUGUCAUGGCGGCGCUUAGCACGCACGCAUGAAAGCAGUGAUCGCGUGUGAUUGCGAGUUUCAGUCGCGGUCUACCGAGUUGACGCUGCGGGCUCUCCUGUGCUAGGUGCAGCGAUAGCUGCUGUGUGUAUAAAAAAAUGCGUCACAAACUUUUCAUUGCCCGCACUGUUCUUGUCCAGAACAACCAAGUCGAAGAAGCACUGCGAGUGCUGAACCGCAUCCUGGGUUUGGAAGGCAUCUUCGACCGCUACAGGCUCACGAGGUACUACGAGAAGCCCACUAAAACGCGACGGCGAAUCAACUACGAAAUCUGCAAGGCGAUCUACGACGAGGACAUGGCCCGCCGGAUCCAGUUCACGUUGCGCAAGAACCGAGUCGACCCGUGGCUAGGAAAUGAUUGAACUGUUGCCGCGUUUAGCUGACGCCUGUUUUUAACAGGCGUUCUUCUUACCUCUGGUUCCUCCGCUGUUGUAGUUUAUAAAGGGUCAGUCGCUGGUCCCAACGGUUUUCGAUUCUUGCAGCACGUUGGUCGCGUGCGGGCGUGCGAAGCAAGGCUUCAACGUCUUCGUUAAUCGUUUACCGACUCUCGCGCUUAGGCGCUCCGUUUGCUGGCUUGUCGGGGAUUAUCGUGCCUGUCUUCUUCGACUAUCGCUGCAACAUUUGUCGCUAUCUAGGCUAGGCUGUAAGUAAGUUCCAGAUGUGACCGCUGCGAUUACCAUGGUUGGCGCAGUGCGGCGAACGAGAGCCGUUAUCAUUACUAACCUAAGCCACACCCGGAUGCUUAUUUCUUAAACACGUCUUAAAGGGUCUCAUGCAGAUUAUUAUCCAUCGUUCAUCAUUCGAGAAUACACCACUUUGUUGAACUACACAUUAAGCUAUUUCAGUAAUCUUUAUUAAAUGAUGUAGGACUCCAGCGAAAUUUAGCCUAGCAAGGUUGCUAGCUUAGCAGCUAAUUGGAAUAUAUUUUAGGUGAGCGUGUGCAUUAUGCAUAUUCUUUUUAGUCUGCCCAGGUAAGGAGCCCAAAGGCAUGGGCAGGAGGGCAGUGAAUAUCUUAUAUUAGCAUAAUUUAUGUGCAUAUCGAUUGAAAUUACCCAGUGUUUCUUACAAAAAUUAUUGGAUUGGGAACUGAGCCGCGAUAAUUCAGCGACCAUUGGAAUUAGCGGUAGUUUGUAGAUUUCACCAAUCUUCGCGCUUGUGGCUUCAGAUGUUCUUACACUUUGCUUCUAAAUUUCCAAGUAAUGUUUUCCAAACUCAGCAAGACAAUGAGUUUCUGCACAUAUGCAUAGUCAUUGCAGAUUGUUGCACUUUGAAUGCAACUUUCUGUUGCGAAAAUUUGCAUUAACACAGCAGUUUGAAGCAGAAAGACA